AUGCCUGCAGCCGAGAUGGAUCUCGCAUCCAAAAAGCGCAAACCCUCCACAUCCAUCGACAACACCGCCAAGAAGCCGCGACCCGCAAACGACGCGACCUCACCACCACAGGCGCAAGACUCGCCGCUCUACAAGCCCCAUGCCUCUGCCCUGCAGGCCCUCGCCGCCAAGUACGACGUCCUGCCCGCCUCCGUCAUCUCCUCGACGCCGAUCCGCAAGCGGCUCGUGCACAUCACGACGCAUUUGCUGGGAACCACCGACGGACAGAACAAGCCCCGCGCCGUGCUGCUGUAUGCGCGCACGGCCGAGGUCUGCAAGAUGAUUACCGUGGCGGAAAAGUGCAAGAGGCUGCUGGAGGAGCAGGGGCAGGCGACGUGGUAUCAGUACAAUCAGCUGUUUGACCUAUCGAGGGAAGAUGCGGCACGAGGGAAGAAGAAGGAGAAGAAGAAGAAGAAGAAGAAAAAGCGGGUGGUGGAAGAGACGGUGCUGCAUGUGGAGGAGGCGGAUGAGGAGGAGGAGGAGGACGACGAGAGCGAUGCAUUCGAGACGAUGCAGUCACGGUUUGAAAAAGCGGUGCUGCCCCAGGCGACGGAUAGGACGACCAAGUCGCUGCGGAUAUUCCUGUCCACGACGGCUAUUCCGGAGCUCAAGGCCAAAGAAGGUGUGACAGUGCAGACAAGUGUGCAAUGA